AUGAGUCAAGACGAUAUAUUGUUGUCCACAAAAUCGGUCAUCCAAGGUUUAGACGCAUUAAAAAAUGAACAUGGUAAAAUGCUUGAAAGUAUUAUUGAAGCAAUUAAAUCACCAACAUCACCAUUAUUGUCUUCAUCGAAUAAUAAUAAUAUGAUAAUAUUACCAUCUGGUAUAAGUUUACCAACGGAUACAAAUAAAUUAGAAGAAAAAAUUGGUUUAUUAAGAAAAUCAAUGGAUAUGAUUGAAUUGGGUAUUGGGGAAGCACAAGUAAUGAUGCAAUUGGGAAAUCAUUUACAAAAUUUAGAAGCUGAAAAACAUAAAUUACGUACACAAGUUAAACGUUUGUGUCAAGAAAAUGCAUGGCUUAGAGAUGAAUUAGCAUCGACACAAAAAAAACUUCAUGAAUGUGAACAGUCGAAUGCACAAUAUUCAGUAGAAAUUGAACAUUUAAGAUUUUUGAAAGAAGUUAAACAAUAUGAUGUAGAUAAUAAUAAUUCAUCAACAUCACAAGGUUUAACAACAUCAACAUUAGGUGUCAAUAGUUUGAACAAAGGAGUCAAUGAUCAAGAUAAAGAUUUAGUUAAUGAUUUAUUUCCAAAUGAUGAUGAUCAAGGUGGACAAGAUUAUAUGGAUAAUCAAGAUGGACAAAAAAAUGAUAUGAGAAGAUUUGGUUCAUAUGCCGAUUUAAUGAUGUCUCCUAGUCAAUCAGCAAGUGGCUCAUUUAUUUCAGCGACAGGUUACGAAAUUCCGGCGAGAUUGAAAACAUUGCAUAAUUUGGUGAUACAAUAUGCAUCUCAAGGCCGUUAUGAAGUAGCUGUACCAUUGUGCAGACAGGCACUUGAAGAUUUGGAGAGAACUUCUGGACAUGAUCAUCCUGAUGUUGCUACAAUGCUUAAUAUAUUAGCACUUGUCUAUCGUGAUCAAUCAAAAUUCAAAGAAGCUGGUUCUUUACUCAAUGAUGCUUUAGCUAUACGAGAGAAAACACUCGGACACGAUCAUCCAGCAGUAGCUGCAACAUUAAACAAUUUAGCCGUUUUAUACGGAAAACGUAACAAAUACAAGGAAGCAGAACCACUUUGCAAGAGAGCGUUGGAAAUACGUCAGAAAGUUUUGGGACCUGAUCAUCCAGAUGUUGCCAAACAGUUGAGUAAUUUAGCAUUGUUAUGUCAGAAUCAAGGAAAAUAUGAUGAAGUGGAAUCAUAUUAUAAACGUGCAAUCGAUAUCUAUUCAAAACGAUUGGGAAUUGAUGAUCCGAAUGUAGCUAAAACAAAAAAUAAUCUAGCUUCUGCUUAUUUAAAGCAAGCCAAAUAUAAAGAAGCAGAACAACUUUACAAAGAUGUCUUGACACGUGCUCAUGAAAAAGAAUUUGGUACACAACAAUUACAACAACAACAACAAGGAAAAAUAUCCAAUGAUGAUCCAAAACUAAAUAAUGUUACAAAUGUACAACCUCUUAUUAUGUCACCAGGAUCAGCAUUAAAAGGCAAUAAUAACGUUAAUAAUAAUAAUUAUGAGACACAACAAGGUGGAUGGUAUAAAAAUGUUCGUACGGAUACAUCACCCGCUAUAGUUACACUAAAAAAUUUAGGUUUAUUAUAUCGACGUCAAGGAAAAUAUGAAGCAGCUGAUACAUUAGAAAAUUGUGCAUCACGAGCAAGAAAAGAUCCACAAGCUAUUGUGCAAGCAUUAAAUGUUGUUAAACAGACAAAUUUGUCGACAACACUUGGCUCAACACCAACAAAUGAAAAUGAACAAAAAAUACAAGCACAAGCUGGACAAUUAACGUCUUAA